AUGCAAGUCGAAGUACAGCAAAAGAAGGGCGGCUUUGCCAAGGCCAAGGUCCUGAACAUCGACGACAAAAAGAUCAAGGUUCAGUUUGUUGAUUCUGGAAAUGUAGACAGUGUACCAUUCACACAGUGCCGUGCCGUUAUCACUGCUAACCCAAGAAAGGAAGAAUACAAAACUGGAGAUCUGAUUGAAGCCUACAUCAAGAGCGAACCUGAAUCAGUGUGGCAUAAAGUGGCUGUGAGGCAGAUCAAGGUGAGGAAUUUGUUUGUUUCUUGGAUUUUAGGCCUAUGAAGAGAAGGAAUGGAAUAUCUUAGAGGUUUAUAGUGGUAAUAAAUGCGCUAAUUAUUUUUUCUAACAUAAAAUUUGAAUUAUUUUCAGGGCGAGUUUGUUGUAGUCGAAGGAGUAGACGAUAAGUCGAUCAACGACGUUUGCUCACUGGAAAACGUUCGACCGGCUAACUCCUCUGUACAACUUUCUCCAGAGAAGCUUAAAUCUGACACAAUUGCCGUUGAGAAUGAGGAUCUACAAGAAUACUUCAAGGACCCCAAGAAUUGCCAGGAGUUUGCUGAAACUGUUAGCAAUGUUCAUGUUCAAUAUAACGAGAAGACGAAGGCUUUUGAUGUCUACGUAAGUUUUUCAAAUAAAUUUAUUUUGUUUCAAAUUUGAUUGAUUUUGGUUAGAGUAUUGUUUUGAUUCUUUAAAAACUUUGGAUUUAAUUAAGCUUUUUGGAUAUUUAAGGGCUUUGUAAUAUAAUCUUUUAUAAAAUUUAUGCUUUUUCAGAGUUUCUCCCAAACCUUUUUGAAAAGAGCGACAGUUUUGUCUGGCAUCUACCUAUCGAACACGUUACAGAAGCUGGAGCUUAUUAGACGACAAGAACACGCUGAAAAGAUGCUCCAGAAUUCGGACAACCGAGACGGUCUCUACCUCGAGAAGUUCACUGUCUCAAAGGAACUAAUGGGCUUGGCUAUUGGGUCUCACGGUGCCAAUAUUGUUAAUGCUCGCAAAAUUGAAGGUGUUAAGGAAAUUGUGAUCGACGAAAGCCAAGAUGACAGUCCAGUCAAUACCUUCUCAGUCUACGCCACGAAUCCAGAAGCUGCGGAACAGGCACGAAACAUCUUGGAGUUUGUUGUUGAGCCUGUUCAUGUGCCUAAAGGAUUUGUUGGCAAAGUAAUUGGAAAGAACGGAAAGAUCAUACAAGAUGUUGUCGACAAGUCUGGUGUUGUACGGGUACAAAUUGGAGAGGAAAACGAAGAUUUUGUAAGUACUUUCCUUGCCUUUGUUCAAUUUUUAGGUAUUACAUGUAUUUUGUGAUAGAUUUUUGAUCUAUCCUGAGUGAAAUGUUAGUGUUUUAAAGGUUUAAUUUGUGUUUCCUAUGUGUCUAGUACAACAUAAGUAAUUUGUUUUCUAUUUGACAUUAUAGUUAUUGAUGUUUGUUUAUUAAUUUGUUUAUCCUGCUUCAACCGAAUCUAAAAGUGAUGUUUUCAGGACAACGAUGUGGACUUUUACUUUACAGGCACAAAGGAAGCCAUAGCUUUGGCCGACUUACUGAUCCAAUAUCAUAUCAAACAUCUGGUCGAAGUUGACGGUCUUCGUGCUAAUGUAGAAGAUAUCAACCGAAAGCUUCAUCACGGUGCUUCUCCACCAGUUUUCCAAAAUGGAAGCGGUAGAUUUAACGGAAAUGGCAAAUCGAGAAACAGUUUUAAUGGUCCACCAAGGAGAAAUGAUAAAAAUGGCAAAGGUUUUGGAGGUAACAGACCUAACGGUGAAUCAGGUAUGUUUGAAUAUUGUUUGUGAAAUUGUUGGAGAGUUUUUUGCUUUAUUGAAAAAAUUUUAAGACUUUUGACAAAAUAAUUUGAUGCUUUGAUUUUGCUGUACUGACCUAACUGCUUUCUUUGUCUUUUAGGUCGCUUUCCUCCUCUGAAACCUAUUAAUGGGAGAUUUCGUAAGUUUGCAGUGUUGUGAUGUGAUCAUGUCUGCUUUGUUAUUUCGAUUUUGCUUAUAUGUUUACUAUUUGAAAUUUAUCUUUUCUUGGAUUCUUUGACUUAAAACUUUGAUUAUUAAUUUUUUAAAAUACUAAAAAAAGUCUUGCCGUCCUAAUUUUAUUUUUUACGUUGAAAAGCGAUACAACUCUUCGACACUUCAAUAUUUUUUUGAAUUUGUUAUUGUUAACAACAAUGAUAUACUAAUUUGUAGGAUAAAACGGAAUUUAAUACUUUACAUUUGUUAAUCUUGAAAUUUCAGCCGACGCAGAAAGAGAACCAGUAAAACCACAAAUCACGGAAUCAUCGGACGAAGAGAAAAAAGUCAACGGAAAUGGAGUCCACAAAGAAAAUGGCAACGGUGUUCCACAAGCGAACGGCAAUGGAAAACGUGCCCCGAAACACAAUCAACCCCGUCGUCGUGUCAAGGCCGACGAACAUUAA